AUAAAGCUAUUUUUCUGUACUGUUCUCGUACUCAUUCACGUGUCGUAAUUCGUACCUAAUAAUGAGUAAGUUGUACGGUAUUGUGCUCUUCUUACUGCUGGCUGAUUAUGGCUCCUCGUUCCCAUUGCUAAACACGUAUGUGUACGAAUGGGGAGCUGAUUGGGGGCUUGUGUUGGCCCAGGUGGAUGGCACCAUUGAACUUUCACAGCCUGUCACUAAAAUAGACCUCCGUGUACCAACAGGCACCAAAGCGAACUACGUGAGAGUAACAAUCAACGCACUUUCACCGCCGAAGGUCGACUAUAAUCCAGAAAAAGGUCGAAUCACCAUUACGUAUCUUGAGAGUCAAAUAAGCUAUUCGACUUAUUCGAUAGUCGCCAAAGGCCAUAUUCUGCUUAAUUAGUUACAUUUAAAACAAACUAAAAAAAUCUUUUUCGUCCUGGAAUCUUCCCAGUACCUACCUAUUACCGUCUUCAAAAAAGUGGCAUGCAAUGUAUUUAUGUUAAAUAAAAACCUUUUUGGAAACUUGUUUUA